UGGACGUGUCAAUUGAUUGAUGAAAUUCAAUUUCAGGGCCGGCCCAUGCAAGCUCCGAACGCACGCACGCGAGCUGUCACGUCUGACAGAUGGGCCCAGCUCGUACCCCACACUCUUCUUCAUCCCGUCUUCCAUAAAUACGUUCCCCGGUUGACCACGGUCGCAUCCGACUCGAGUCGAACCCAGUCCAAACCCAGCUUCCAGAACCCACCAUUCCGAGACCACGCGCGGACGCGCCACCAUGGCCAAGCUUCGCGCCGGCUCUACCGCCCGCUCCGCCGCCGCCGCCGCUGCUCGGGCGUCCCCGGCGCCCACGUCGUCGGACCCGAAUCUCCCCACCCCGACCUCCACCCCCCGCGCCGACCUCUCCUCCUCCGGCGCCAAGUUCGCCGUCGCCUCCGCCAACCGCAGCUCGGUGGGUUCGUCCUCAUCCGCUUCCGCCACGGACCUCCCCGCGCCCGCCGCCCGCGACGUCGCCUCCAUCGCCAAGGAGGUCGGCAAGCGCCUCUCCUACGACGACGAGGACUGCUCCGCCUUCCCCACCGCCGCUUCCGCGCUGCAGCCGGAUCCCGCGCUCGAGGUCCCCGCCGUCCUCGCGCCCCUGCUGGAGCUCCCUGGCCCCGACCAAGUCUCCUCCACCACCGUCGUCCCCGCCUCCGCCGACUCCACCGUCACCGACGUCGUCCCCGCCUCUGCCGACUCCACCGUCACUCAGACCCAGGUCGCAGCGCCCGCCGACUCCACCGCCGCCGUCGCCGCCGCGGACGCCGAGGGCCCCGUCCUCACGGGAAUGGAGCUCGUCCUCGCCGAGCUGCGCCACGCACGCGGCCUCACCCCGCGCUCCAAGCGCCUCCUCGCCGCGCUCGCCGAGGCCGCCUCCGCCGAGCUCAGCCACGACCCCACGGCCGCCGCCCUCCGCACGCGCCGCGCGGCCUUCUGGAGCAAGGUGCGCGUCGGGAUCCUCGCCGCGGCCGUCUUCUCCGUGGCCGCCAUGGACGUCGCCCUCGCCGUCGCGCUCUACGGCGCCAGCCGCGGGAGCCACCACCACCUGGUGCUGCCCCCCACCUGAUCGAUCGAUGCACGCGCGAUGACGAGCGAUCCAUCGGUACAAGUUAGUAGAACCGGUGUGUUAAUUUGGUCUAGUGUUUGCCGCUUCCGAUUUCUACCAGUAGCUUCGUACUAAGUUAGCCUUGUUGCUCUACGAGUUUCUAGUACUACAUCAGAACCGUGCUGAAAGCAGCGGUGAUUAAUUUCUGUGUUACGGUGAGUGUUUAUUAGUACAUUUUCAGUGAGAAAUACUAUAUUGACUGUGUUGUGCUUCAGUAACAAUUUUAUGGAAAUUCAGUUUCAUGCA